GCUGGGCUCUCGGGCGGGACCUGUCGCCUGCACGUCAAAAUGACCGCCAGAGUCCAAUCACCGCUGUGCAGGGGCGGGCCGAAGGGCCCACUGGGCCAACUGGAGGCUAGCGCGGGGUCGCGGCUGCAGGACCCACCGUUGAAACCAGAGCUGGGUGAAGGACUUCAAUCUUCCUCUGGAGUUAAACUCUCACCCACCUGCUGCAGGAGUCCCCCUAGGCCACGCCCACAUGUUAAGCCCCGCCCACCGCUCUAGUUCCUCGCACCUCGCCCCAAGGUCCCUCCCCACCCACCGCAGCCUGGUCCUCGCCGGCUCCACCCUGGCACCCUAGUCUGGCUCCCUGUGGCCAGCGCGCCCAGGUGUUCACCUGGCACUCAGGUAAGUCGUGUUCUCUCCGCGCGUUCCGCAAACCCCGACGGCACGGAGGGGCCCCAGGCUAAAGGCGGUGGGCUCCGCAGCCCGGACCCCGCCUCGCCGCUGCUGCGCGCGCCCGGGGCCGAGGAUCCCGACGGCAGCACCGUCGUCCCAGGACACGGCGCCAUGCCCGAGCUGGUGGUGACGGCCCUGCUGGCGCCGUCGCGCCUCACCCUGAAGCUGCUGCGCGCCUUCAUGUGGAGCCUGGUGUUCUCGGCGGCGCUGGUGGCCGCCGCGGUCUACGGCUGCAUUGCGCUCACGCACGUGCUGUGCCGGCCCCGGCGCGGCUGCUGCGGGCUCCCCCGGCGCACGGCACCCGUCUGCUUGAGCGACCCUGAGCUCGGGGAGCACUGCUUCCUGACCCUCAAGAGCUCAGGCCUGCGCCUGCACUAUGUCUCGGCCGGACGCGGCAACGGGCCCCUCAUGCUUUUUCUGCACGGCUUUCCCCAGAACUGGUUCUCCUGGCGCUACCAGCUCCGGGAGUUCCAGAGCCGCUUUCACGUGGUGGCCGUGGACAUGCGUGGCUACGGCUCCUCCGAUGCACCAAGGGAUGUGGACUCCUACACUGUCGACCUGCUGACGGCGGACAUCCAGGAUGUCAUCCUGGGCCUGGGUUACUCCAAGUGCAUCCUGGUGGCCCACGACUGGGGUGCACUGCUAGCCUGGAAUUUCUCCAUCUACUACCCGUCCCUGGUUGAGCGGAUGGUGGUGGUCAGUGCUGCCCCCAUGUCGGUGUACCAAGAUUACUCAAUGCGCCACAUUGGCCAGUUCUUUCGUUCCAACUAUGUGUUCCUGUUCCAGCUUCCCUGGCUGCCCGAGAAGUUGUUGUCCAUGUCUGACUUCCAGAUCCUGAAGACCACCCUCACCCACCAUAAGAGGGGCAUCCCACGCUUGAGCCCCAAUGAGCUUGAGGCCUUCCUUUAUGACUUCUCACAGCCCGGUGGCCUCACUGGGCCCCUCAAUUACUACCGAAACAUCUUCAGGAACUUCCCCCUGGAGCCCCAGGAGCUGGCCACGCCCACCCUGCUGCUGUGGGGGGAGAAGGACACCUACUUCGAGCAUGGGCUGGUAGGGGCCAUCAGCAGGCGCUUCGUGCCCGGCCGGCUGGAAGCCCACAUUCUGCCAGGCGCGGGGCACUGGAUCCCACAGAGCCACCCUGAGGAAAUGCACCAAUACAUGUGGGCCUUCUUACAAGACCUGCUGCACUAGUGGCCCUUGCUCACUGGCCUGCGUGCGCCUGGCGGACCGCACCGUGGACACACACAGGUGCUCUCUGGGAUCAUGCAUAGGGGUGGAACUCCUAGAUUGCACACACGAGCAUCUGUGGGUAUCCUGGAGCACACCAGCCCGUACACUCACAGGCAUGAGUGUGACCUGUGAGCAAGCACUUUGACUCCAGGAAACCAGGCUGCCUCUGGUGGAGCUAAAUGCUAUGUUCUCUCUCCCUUCCCUGGAGCCCAGUUUUCUUGCCAGAGUCAGCACCCUGAAACCCUGAAAGUAAACUUUUACUUU